CAAAGUCCAGCUGCUGGGUCAAACACCAGACGCACUGACAUAACAUCACAAUUCGCUACACUAAACAACAACAAAAGACUCACGAAUAACUCACUGAAAAGGGACACCAAGAAACUGACAAGCAUGGAUUCCACAUCAUCAUUUAUCAAAUCUGUGACUAAGCGAGUAUGGUCUCCACCCCAGCGUCCUUUCAGAGUUUGUGCUCACAACAGGGAGACGAGGAAGGGCAUCACAGCGGGGACCCUGGAGGAGCUGAAAGAGAGGGUGUGCCAGGCGUUGCUGCUGUCCCUGUCUGCAGUGUCUCUGUCUCUGGUUUGUGAGGAUGACGGCACAGAGGUGGACUCUGAUGAGUUCCUCAUAACCCUGCCAGACAACACCAUGCUCAUGGCCCUGGAGCCCGGACAGACAUGGAGACCACCAUCUGGUGCAGUCGUGUCCAAAUCUCAAGACCACAACAAGCCGAGGACCGGGAAAGACAUAGCUCGUGUCACCUUUGACCUUUACAGGAUGAGCCCCAAAGACCUCUUUGGUUCCCUGAGUGUGAAGGCCACAUUUCAAGGCCUGUACUCUGUGAGCGCUGACUUUCAGUGUCUGGGACCUAAGAAGAUCCUCAGAGAAACCCUCCGUGUGGCCUCCGCCCUCCUCGCAGCUGCUGGACACCUGCUUAUCACCUCUGCCUCCAUGAUCCGCCGUAUCAUCGAGGGGGCCGAGCUUUGGCAGCCGCAGAGGACCGAGUACACAGCCAGAUGGAACUGAUGGAGCAGAGAGAGAGAUCCAUGUAGCUGUAGUAUAAACCAGGGGAUCUCCACUGGUCGAGCCUCAGGACCCACCACCAACUCCUUCAUGAACAAUCACGACUCAAAUCUCUGUUAUUAUUCAACCAAUUAGAUUUAUUUAAUGAAAAAACGCAAACGCAGACCCCAGACAGUAGUGAACAUGUGACAGAACAAGACAACGGAACAAAACAAACAUGUUUAAAAAAGGGCUUCACUGACUUUUUCACACAAUUUUCUUCUCCUGGCUCACACUCGCGACCCACUUUUGGGUCCCGAACCACCAGUUGAUAACCACCGAACAUAGUAGUGUUCCUGUAGUGUACCCUUCUUGCAAUUAAGGCGUGAGUGUCAGACAUAGUUAGCAAUGCUGCUGGAUAACAGGAGAACGACUGUCAUAGCUUACAUUGCACUUUUUGUGCUGACGUGCAACAUAUUCUAUAAAACAUACACAAGAAUUGAACUAUAUUUUUGUUAAUUUUGUGUGGAUUAUGCAACGUCUCUACAGUUGAUAAUAAACUCCUGAUAUAAUG